AUGGAGGUGUAUGUGGAUGACAUGCUAGUGAAGAGCAGGAGGUCCAAAGAUCAUGUGGGAGACCUCAAGGGAAUGUUCGACGUACUGCGGAAGUACAGGAUGAAGCUGAAUCCCCUUAAGUGCGCAUUCGGGGUCAAAUCAGGAAAAUUCCUAGGUUUUAUGGUGAAUAGUCAGGGAAUUAAAGCUAAUCCAGAGAAGGUGCAAGCGCUCCUCGACAUGAAAUUGCCACGAAAACAAAAAGAAGUCCAGAAGCUAACGGGUUGUAUUGUCGCACUUAAUAGAAGCUCCAAUGACAACGGCAGUGGAGCUGGGUUGGUGUUACAUACCCCAGAGGGUCAUAAGAUAACCUCAGCCGUUAGGUUCGAGUUCCCUGCAUCCAACAAUGAAGCAGAGUAUGAAGCAUUGCUGGCCAGACUCCGGUUGGUAGAACACUUAAAAGCAGGGGCUAUAGACAUUUUCAGCGAUUCACAGUUAGUCGUGAACCAGGUGAAAGGCCAAUAUCAAACUAAGGAUGAAAAGAUGGCAGCCUACCUUGAGAAGGUUAAAGAGGCCUUAGGAAAAUUCUGGGCUUACGACAUACAACAAGUGCCAAGGGCAAAAAAUAGCAACACUGACGCCCUUGCUAGGCUAGCCACCUCAAAAGAGACCAAGCCAAGCUGGAAGGACCCAAUCAUUAGGUAUUUGCUCGACGGUGAGCUCCCAGAGGACAAACAAUAA